AUGUCCAACACUUCCGCGUCUUCUGUAGGUGCAAGCCGAGGCGGGUCGUUGGUGUCCGCGUCGGCCAUCGUGGCUCCUGUCGUCGAGUCCGGGUCGCACAUCCUCCGCAUCGACGGCUACUCCCGCACCAAGGGGCUCGGCAACGGCGAAUUCAUGGCGUCCGAGACGUUCGCGGCCGGAGGCAGUCGUUGGUGUCUGCGUUACUACCCCGACGGAACUGACUCAAAUGAUUCAGAUUCCGAUUCUGCCGGUUCAGAUUCCGAUUCCGAUUCCGAUUGUAUGACCAUCUUAUUGCAUCUUGUUCGGGGUGAUGCCGAUAAAGUGGAAGCUAAAUACACUAUCAGUUUGCUCGACCAAGAUGGGAACGUGGUGCCGUCGUACAGCUAUACGGGCCAGGACACCUUUAAAGCCAGCAGCAAUCAUACGUGGGGCUUUGAUCUUAUCAAGAGGAACGAGCUGGAGGAAUCGGUCUACCUGAAGGAUGAUGUUUUCUUUGUCAGGUGUGAUGUCGCCGUGUUAAAAGAGAAGAUGUUCACCAAGGCUGUUCCGGUUUCUGAAGUUUUUCAUGCUGUCAUUAGGCAGGACAGAUGA